UUCGGAUUUGCAAUUUCUGGCUUCCCGACGGGCAGCUGCAGUGGCCGCUGCAGCAACUAUUCUACCGCCACCGUCUCUAUUAUCUACAACAGCUACAACCGUUGCAAAUUCCAUCAAUUCUACAUCCGAUAAUGGCGCUAGCAUUACAAGUGAAUGUAAUGUGGCGUCACAUGGCGGUGCGAAUGAGUGCAACGGAAGCGAGACCAACAACAUGCAAAUGUCACUGGACGUCGCAAAUGCGGCCGCAGCCGCACACCAUCAUUCUCAUCAUCACACCCAUGGAGUUGUGCCGCCCCCACCAGCGCAGUCACACGAUUUCCAUCCAGCUUAUAGAAUUCCCAGCUACAUGGAGCAUUUAUAUUCACUCCAACAUACGAGUCCCCCGACAUCGUUUCAUGAUCCAUACACAGGCUGCGCUUCAUCGUUUCAUUUAACAGGGCUUAGUCUCAACUCUGGCGAUUAUUUAGGCGCGCGUUCACUGGGUGAGCUGCAUCCGGCUACGGCUGCAGCAGCGGCAGCAGCUGCUAACUCACUAACAAGCACCGACUUUCAUUUCAGCGCCGAUGGGUCGCGAUUAAAUAGUCCGCGACCUGGUAGUGUACGUGCUAGUAUGAGUCGGAAACGUGCUCUUUCCUCUUCACCAUAUUCGGAUUCCUUCGAUAUAAAUUCAAUGAUACGAUUUUCACCGAACUCGUUAGCCACCAUUAUGAACGGUUCUCGUUCCAGCAGUACAGCGAGUGGUUCCUAUGGCCAUUUGUCAGCAGGCACAAUUAGUCCAGUGCCACAUUUGCAACAGCUUCAGGCACAUUUGCUCCGAGCGAGUGCGGGCCUUUUGCAUCCCCUACCUUCCCACCAAGCCGCGGCCGCCAGUAUGUUCGCUAUGGGCCAUAUGCAUCCACUCCAAUCGGCUGCAGCUGCGGCGGCUGCUGUAGCAGCAACUGUCACCAACAGUGGUGUUGGUAGUACGAGUAACAUUGGAGGAAUCACACCCCUUAAUAAUAAAAAUAGCACACCGGCUAAUAAUAACAUUGUUAGCACUACCAUUCCGAACAGCAUUACGACCGAACAAUUGUUUAAUAGAAAAAUGCAUUACGAAGACAAAGAAUCAGUCAAAAGUAAGCCUGAGCAACCGAUAUACAUAUCAAGAGGGGUCGCACAAGUUGAAGCGGACAGUGCAUCAGCGAAUGCGCUAUUGCGCCGGCAACAACGUUUUAAAAAUUUAACGCCGAAUGUCAAUAACGUCCAUUGCAAUACAACAACGCCACACGGCGACUAUGACUGCCCCAUCGUAGACACAACGGAUAUAAAAGACGAACCAGGUGAUUUUAUUGAGACCAAUUGUCAUUGGCGGGAUUGCGGGAUCGAGUUCAUCACUCAGGAGGAUCUAGUAAAGCACAUUAACAACGAUCACGUUCAAUCCAAUAAAAAAGCUUUUGUUUGUCGAUGGAUUGAAUGCUCGCGCGGUGAAAAGCCUUUUAAAGCACAAUAUAUGCUCGUCGUGCAUAUGCGUCGCCAUACGGGAGAAAAGCCACAUAAAUGCACGUUCGAAGGUUGCUGCAAGGCGUAUUCUCGUCUCGAAAACCUCAAAACCCAUUUGCGCUCACAUACAGGGGAAAAGCCAUACACAUGUGAAUACCCAGGCUGCAGCAAAGCCUUCAGCAAUGCGAGUGAUCGGGCUAAGCACCAAAAUCGUACCCACAGUAAUGAGAAACCAUAUAUAUGCAAGGCGCCAGGCUGCACAAAGCGCUAUACCGACCCUAGUUCACUGCGGAAACACGUAAAAACCGUGCAUGGUGCCGAUUUUUAUGCAAGCAAAAAGCAUAAGGGAUCCUCGCCCGAUGAUGGUAAAAACGACUUAGAUGGGCACAAUCUUGAGAGCAAUAUUCAAGGUACUAACAGCGCGAAACCUUCGAUGCAUUCACAGCUUCAUGGUCAGAACCAUCCUCAAAUUGAUUCUAGUCCGCACAGCGAUGAUAUGCAUUCUGGCAAAGCAAAUAGCAUAUCAAGUCCAAGUAUCAAAUCGGAAUCGGAUGCAAAUUCUCCAGAGCACAGCCCAAAUGGCACGGAUGGACAUCAGUUAUUAGUACAAGAGCAACAGUUGAAAUUGGCUGGUAAUAUAAGUGACAACGAAAAUGCCGGAUCUAGUUUUGGAACUCAAGAAUUCCAAUUGGGCAAUACUGCGACACUAGAUGGAGGCUGGGAUUAUGAUGAUGAUUUGGAGGUAGCAGAUUUACCAUAUGUUUUGCGCGCUAUGGUAAGCAUCGGGAAUGGAGUUAGCAGCGGCAUUGGUAGUUGUGGUAGUGGAAAUAGUGGGGUUUGUGGUGGCGUUGGUGCCAGCGGUAUAUUUAGUGGGGCUCUGCCGCGUCACCGACUUCGGGGACGAAUACAAGCGAAAGGUAUACAUUUGGGGGCAGCGAUGCUUUCGAAUAUUCCUGAAUCGCGUCGAAACGGUGGAAUCGGUAUCGGCGAAUUAAAUCAGAGGAUUAACAAUUUAAAAAUGGAGCCUACCAUUUCACCGGUAUCUCCCCCAAACACAGAAUACAUUACCAAAAUGUCACUACCAGGUAAUCAUAUCAGUGAUAUGCAAACACGUAUACAGCCACAACAAUUCUUGCGACGCGAUAGUCAAAAUUCCAACGCUAGCACAUACUAUUGUAGCAUGCAAAGUAGACGCAGCAGCCAAUCAUCUCAGGUGUCUUCUAUAUAUACGAUGCGACCUUCAUAUAAUACAGGUUCCUUUUAUGAUCCAAUUUCGCCUGGAUGCUCUCGUCGUUCCAGUCAACUUUCGAACGUUACUUCCGGUAUGUUAGGUGGUUGUGGCGGUAAUUUCAAAGUUAAUGGUGAUGCCAAUGGUUACGCCAAUACUAAUAUUAAUAGCAAUGCAAAUGCCAACAGCUCUAAAAAAUCCUUAUUAUUAAGCAAUCUUGUCAAUGCAGUGACAAGUGCUAACAGCGUGAACAGUACUAGUUUGCCACCACCGCCAUCCUCACACUUGAUAUCAUCUCAUUUAGAGCGCUUGCAAUAUGUUAAUAAUCAACACAAAGCUUUACUUCGUGACCGCGGCCGUAACUCCAUACCAAACCUUCCAUUUUGCCAUCCAGUAGAGCAAAAAAACAACUCGAAUGCAGAAAAUUCAUGUGAAACAAUUCAACCUUUACAAGAACUCUCAAGGCGACGCCAAUCGGAGCCAGUACACGUAGAACGCGAUCGGUACACAUCGUUUCCAUCAGCUUCAAUGCGGAUUCCCCAUCCGAACCCUGACACUACUCUGCGCAUUGCUCAGCGUAUAGAAAUUGAAGGUUGUCAAGCCAAAUUAAAACUCAAUAAUUGUAGUGCGCGUAGUGGAGGUGAUUCCAUGGCUGAAUCACAUGAGCCCCAUCCAAACGAAAGAGUAAACUUGGAUGAAGUUGAAGAGGACGAACUUAUCGAAGAUAAAUUGGUAUUGCCAGAUGAAAUGCUUAUGUAUUUGAAUAAAGUUGUGGAUAAAUCGAAUCCCACUCAACAACAGGAAUCUUGUACUCAGAAGCAACCGCAACAAAAGGUACAAACGAAGUCCCUAGAAGCAACACUACUGCCAAAAGUAAAUAACGAACCGACACCUUUCGAUGAUAGCCACAAUCAAACAUUUUCAACCCAAAUAAUAGAUGAUGUUUCAAAUGCGACACGCCCAUUACUAUCGUCCAUAAUAUACCCAUACACGUUAGGGCACAUGAUGUCAUCUCAGUCUGUUUAUGCAUUGUCGGAAACGGGCACUCCCCAUUCAAAUUUUAACUAUGAAUCAAGCAGACCGCAAGCAUCAAUUUCUACUUACGAUUAUUAUCAGUCCCAGUCACAAGCAGUCGCACCUCAGGAUAUGGACUAUGACUGCAGACAUCACAACUUGACUAGUGGCGCUUAUUUAGGAUGCGAUGAACAGCCAUGUGAUCAUGACCUGGGCACACGCUAUUCCCAAGCCGAAAAUUUCGAUCUACGAUCUAGUGCGCGAAACGCUGACUUACAACAGCAGCAGUCCCAGUCACAACAGCAACAACUCUUUCAGCAGAAACAACAGCAAUUAACUGCAACUAUUUGUGUUGAUUCAUCAAUGACAAGUUUACCUGAGCUUAAAUCAGGCAAUGUAACGAAAGCUCGCAGUCAACAAGUUGCCACACCGGUUUCUUUAGCCACGCAAAAUAAUACUAUCUUCAAAGUGCCAUUAACAGCAGCACAAAAUUUGCAGCAGCAACGACUACAAUCGCAAAAACCAAUUGCGUCGAUAUUGAGCGGGCCAGUUAAAAUGUUACCUGUUGCUGAAGUACAAUGCGGUGAUAUAAGUCAGUCUCAAAUGUCGCCCGCAAUCGAAGCGCACCAAUCAGGCCCUACAAUAAAGUCCAUAAUACCAGAAAAAAUCACAACAACGCAAACGGCAGUAACCACUACAACCAUGAGUGUACAAUCAAUACCAACCAAUCAGGGUCAGUUGAUACCAGCAGGCGGGCUCUUCUUAAGUAACACACUAAACACAGCAACAGCAAUUGCGGCAUCCAUUAUGGAAUUUGGGGGUGCUAGUACAAAUGACGGACGCAAUGUAAUGCAGGUGACAACUGAUGUACCCAUUACUAAUAGUAGCAUGCGCCUUGAUACAUACCAACGGACACUUGAAUAUGUGCAGAAUUGCCAAAGCUGGUUAGAGGCGAAUAAUUCUGCUAGUGGUAAUCAGGGAAAUAAAAGACGCCAUUACGACCAAAACGUCCAACAACCCGUUAGUAGUUCAACGCAUCCCAGCUCCAAUAUGAUCAUAAAUGAUAUGACAACGUCAUUGAGUUCACUACUGGAAGAAAACCGAUAUUUUCAACUCUUACAAUAAAUGCAUCUAAGAUUACAAACUAGAAAGUAUUACCUAUUUUGUAUUAUAAUCUAAAUUUUAAUCAUAAAUGCAUGUCUAGCAUAUGUUUACGGGGUGCUUUGGUACCGACUAUAAACGCUUUAAUUCUACAUCUGUAGUCGAUUUCUAGGCAAAAGAGACGUAGAAGUUGGGAUCAAACUCGAACAUUUUUAUUUUUAUCUUCCUUGACGAUGAAUGUGUGUCAAAGAAAUGCUAUAUCUUUUGAUUUUCAAGUCUUAUGCUCAAGAAAGUAGUUCUAGAUUUACAAUGAGAAGCGUAAUAUGAAUGUUGGACGUUAUCUAGUAGAUAAUUGUAUUGUCUUUCGAAUACAUUUUUACCUUCGUGAGCAUAGGACUUCUAAAUCAAAAGAUGUAGUCUUCUAUAGACACACCGCCUAUUCCUAGGGCGUUGGAGUUGGACCCGACUAUUAGGUAUCUUUCGUCAUGAAAUUAAUCACAGAAUAAAACCUUAAAUUCUUUAAAGUUGGUAAAAAUA